UCCCAAUCAAACCUCGAAAAUCCUUCUUAGAGCAGGUCUAACAGACCCCGUAAAAGGGGCAAACCCGUAUAAUAACCGCCGAUUUGAGGGUUUCGGCUCUACCCGGCCGUCUAGCACGCCCCGUAAAAACGGCCCCCGAAUCGUUUUUUGCUGUUUUCGAGUACGGGGCGGGUCCUCGCCCCGUACUUGUGCGGGGUGGGAGCGGGGAUAGUGGGCGAAACCACUAUCGCCCACUCCACUGCGCGGGAAGCAUUUCGCUGAAGCCAACCGCCGCCGCCGCCGCCCGAUCUCCUCCCCCGCGCCCUUCCCGGUCGGAUCCGGCCGCCAUGGACCGUCCGCAAGAGCCGCCUACCGCCGGCGGUACACCUCCUUCGGGCGCGGUGGUUGAUGUCCCCGUCGGAGGUCCUCCGGCCGCCGGCGUCGUGUCGGCCAUGAUCGCCUCCACCAUCCCGUCGAAGAGGAAGAGGAUACCGAAGCAAUUUUUCGAAGCACCUGCGGCGGCCGCCGAUUCACCGGGCGAAGCGCCGCCGGCUGCCAAGAAGACGGGCCGGGUGAAGACCAAGGCGGCAGGGCCGAGGGGCGCCGCGCCGGCCAAGGUGCGGACAAAGGCAAUCAGCCGCAUCGGCCUCGCGCCUCCACCGCCCUCCAAGGUCACGACCCCUCCUCCGUCCGUUCCGGCCGUUGCGCCGCCCGCGCAGCCCGCGCCGCCGCCACCCACCAUCGACGUAGACAAGGUGUUCGAUGUUGAGUCCACAACAUCCUACUUGGACAUGCUCAACGAUUCCACGGUGAAUUUGGACGCCGGUAUCGGUGCAUUCGAAGGGGAGUGCAACGUUGAAGACUUUGAUGAGGAGGAGGAGGAUGAGGGUGACGAGGAGGAGGUGGUUGAGGUUGAUCCGGCUGCCGCCGGUUCUUCGUCGACGCCGAAGCCACGCACGGCGAACUACAGCGAGAUCGAAGACGCCAUCUUGGUCCGUGCUUGGAGCAAGGUGGGGAUGGAUGCGUGCACCGGAGUGGACCAAGGCGGCAAGCGCUAUUGGCAGCGCAUUGAGGAUCAGUACCACCAGCUGAAGCCUCGCACGAAGAGCAUGGCGGACAGAUCCUACCGCUCCCUUGAAGGCCGAUGGAACAUCAUCAAGCCGGCUUGUUCUCGUUGGAGUGCUGCCAUGGAUCAAGUGGCCGACAACCCUCCUAGUGGAUGCGUGCCGGAGGACUAUCCCAAGUAUGCUCAACAACGGUACAAGGACAUGGCCGGCUCAAAGAACAAGGAAUUUCAAUUUCAACAUUGCUUUUCCAUCCUUCAACAUCUUCCUAAAUGGAAGUUGCGGGACAACAAGCCAAAGUGCAAGAAGGAGGCACUUCUCACCAUGGAUGAUGAAGCAGAGGACAUGACUGGGAGAAACACCGGCAAGCCCGAGGGCAACAAGAAGGCCAAGGAGAGGGUCAAGGUAGAACUUGAAGCAGCUAGCUUCCGGGAGAAGUUGGAUCAACUCAUGAAGUCCAAGGAGGCAUUGACGAUGAAGACGUUGGAGACCAAGCUCCUCAUCACCGACAAGAAGAGUGAGGUGAAGCUUGCCAAGGUGCAAGCAAGGAGGGAAGAUGCCAAGUUGAAGGCCGAGCUUGACAUGAAGUUGAUCGCAGCCAAAGAAGCCAAGGCCAUGAAGGAGCUCUUGGCCGAGGAGAGGGAAAUCAUGAUGAUGCGCACCGACGGCAUGGACGAGGAUCAGCUGGCGUGGUGGAACGAGACCAAGGCGGACAUCAUUGCGAGGAAGAAGGCUGCGCGUCAAGCUCGUGCUCAAGGUGAGUCUCCGGCGAGCGGUGGCGCCGGUGGCGAUGGAUCCCUUGAUGGUUGAUCACAUUUGGGAACUUCCGUGGCUUGAACAUUGCGUAUGAUCGUGUUGUGAUGUUAAAACUAUGAAUUAUGCAUCACAUAUUUUGGAUGUGCUA